GAAGGAGCUGGGAAGCAGGACCUGACCUUGGGGCAUCUUGGGACAUGUAUGGGCGUGUGAGAGUGCACAGCCUGCAGGAGCUGAGGCGCAGCGCGUCUCUGGCCACCAAGGUCUUCGUGCAGCGGGAUUACAGUGACGGCACCACGUGCCAGUUCCAGACGAAGUUUCCCCCUGAGCUGGAGAGCCGGAUUGAGCGCCAGCUCUUCGAGGAAACGGUGAAAACGCUUAACAGCUUCUAUGCCGAGGCGGAGAAGAUCGGGGGCAGCUCAUACCUGGAGGGGUGCCUGGCCUGCGCCACUGCCUAUUUCAUCUUUCUCUGCAUGGAGACGCACUACGAGAAGGUCCUGAAGAAGAUCUCCAAGUACAUCCAGGAGCAGAACGAGAAGAUCUACGCCCCACGGGGACUGCUGCUCACCGACCCCCUGGAGCGUGGCAUGAGGGUCGUAUCUUCUGGGCAGCUGGAAGGUGGGACGGGGAGAGAUGCUGGGAGGAUAUUGCUGGGG